GCCUGCACAUAUUUUUGUGUAGGCCUGCGAAGUCAGUUUACGUUAGUCCCGUCGCUGUUGCUAUAUUUGCUCUGACAGAAGAGCUGUGAUGUUAUUAUAACAUAUCUGAUGCACACUGUGACAGGUGGCCUUUUACCAUGGACCCAGUGGUGCUGAGCUACCAGGACAGCCUUCUGAGGCGCUCCGAUGUGGCCCUGCUGGAGGGACCACAUUGGCUCAACGACCAGGUGAUUGGCUUCGUCUUCGAGUACUUUGCAGCCGAGCGCUUCAAAGACAUCAGCAGGACCAUGUGCUUCAUCAGCCCAGAAGUCACCCAGUUCAUCAAGUGUGCGUCGUGCCAGGAGGAGCUGGCCAUCUUCCUGGAGCCUCUGCAACUGGCCUCGCGCCGCUGGGUCUUCCUGGCCGUCAACGACAACUCCAACCAGUCGGCCGGGGGCUCCCACUGGAGCCUGCUGCUGUACCGCCGCGACGCCUGCCUCUUCUCCCACUACGACUCCCAGAGCGGGGGCAACUCGCUGCACGCCCGGCGCAUCGCCUCCAAGCUGGAAGCCUUCCUGGGGGGCAAGGGCAAGAAACUGUCUUUCGCCGAGGAGUCGUCUCCCAGGCAGCAGAACAGCUAUGACUGUGGCAUGUACGUCGUCUGUAACGCAGAGGCCCUGUGCGAGAGCGCCGAGUUCGGAGGCAACCCUCGGCUCCAGAGCCACACCAUCACCCCCGACCACAUCACCCGCAAGAGGGCAGAGUACUGCAGACUCAUCCAGAGACUUGCCAAAAACUGACCUGUGUGUGGGUGUCUGUCUGACUGCGUACCAGUCAGGUGUUUACCCCUGAGACAUAAUAUGUCAUGACAUAUGGCAUAAUAAAUGUCUAUGGUUUGCCCAGCUUCUUCUCGCUCUUUCAAAGUGCUUCAUACUUCCAAGGUCAACAUGACAUGCCUUGUGAGGCUAGAAUCCGUGUCUUCCAGAAGGGCUUCUCCAGUGGGAGAGGGCCUAUGAGAUGUAGGCGGGGGGUCUGUCAGAAUGAGGGGGCCUGCAUUAUCCCUGAUACCCUCCAGUCUUAUAAAGAGCCAGCAUGCGCUUUCAUUAUCUGGAGUUUUAUGACUCCUACAACAGGUGGUGACAACUGCCAAAUAGAAUUUACAACGCAGCUAGCCAAGUGUAAGAUUUCAUUUUCAGUGUGCCUGCAUUUUAAAAUGAUCUAUAGUUACUCCUUUCAUCAUCUGAAUGAUUUUAAACUAAACAAUUCCAACCCCAUGUGCAUUGUGAAUGAAUUAUGACAAAAGAGACUUUAUUGAGGAUCAUUUGGACAUGCUUGUUUACCCAGAAUAAAUUGCAUCUUUCUCUUUAGGUAGAUAUAUCAAAGGCAUCCCUGAAACGAUGAAUGUAUCGUGGAGGACACGAAAAAAGGGUAUUAAGUGGUGUAGUAGGCUAUAGUGUCUCCUUGAUUAUGGUUCUCAGAAUGUCAUGCUUGUUUACAACUUUACUUUUUCCCCUCAGGGUUGCGUGAAAGUGAAUGGAUUGAAAAAGAAUGUUAUAUGAAAAAUAAACAUGCACUGAAAUAA